CUCCCGGCGGAAUACCACGCAUGGCACCCUCCCGGGGCUGCUGGGAACUGCUGCGGGGCAGUGGAGAAAGGAUGGUGUGGUGGUAGUGGUGUCAGCUCUGUCUAGAUGGCGAUUGCUGCUGAAGCGCGACCCUGCUCCGUGUAGCGGUGGAGAUAAAGCCGGCCACCCCAGAUCUAAUCCGAGCGUGCAAGAUGCGAGGAACCGGCGCUGCUUCAGUGGCGAGGAUGGAUUAGUCAGUGCCAACCAGUCCUAAGGAGGGCUACUGCCCCAGCCUGAGGGCAGGUAUACCCCUCCUGCAGGAGCCCCCUGGCCUGAGCGGAAGAACAUGGGGGGCUCAGGGCGUCUGCAGCCUGAGAGUGGAAACCGAUCAGUGGUUUCCUGCGGGCAAGACACAACCCCAGCCUCAGGAGCCCUUAUUCUGAGUUUAGGAGCCACAUUCCUGCUCUCAGGGGACCCAAAGCGGAUUUCUACAAGCCGGGGCCCGAGAACUUCUCGGUGGGACACAGCCGGCCCCGAGCGGGGGAAGGCGGGCGCAGACUAGUCCCAACUCGGAAACACCAAGCAGCAGAGCGGGGCGGGAGCGGUUAGGCUUUGUGUCGCAGGCCAGGUGGACUCCUUGGGCCCCGGGGGCGCAGGGGACGGGGUGCUAGGGGGUCAAUGCCGGGGCCCUUUGCCGCCAGCUGCCCCCUCCCCCUUCCCUGCGGGCUUUUGCACACGACGCGCCGCUUCACACGGGGUAGCGGGGACCGGAUAAAGCCAGCGGGAGCGGGGCGCCACGGCUGGCAUAGUGGGGGCAGCAGCGGUAGCGACAGCGAGACGACCCCUCGGCGGCCUCGGCACGGCCAGGCGGGAGCGAACUCUCGGCAGAGCGGGCGGGCGAGGGGCGCACGCGCCGGGGCGGCGGGAAAGGCGCGCAGGGCCCUCCCGGCAGGUGAGUGCGCGCCGCCGCGGAGCGUCCCGCGCGCAACUUCCAGGGAGCACACGGUAGGGCGCGCGGGGCCGCAUGGAGGCCACCGAGAGGAAGCAUCUGUUGGACCCCAGGUCUGGAGCCGGGAUGGAGCUGGCUGGAUCCCUCUGUCUUCACCUGGCCUGGACUUGCAGCCCAUUGAGCUGACUACCAAGAGCAACCAUUACUGUCAUGCCCAGACAGGUCCUGGCAGUCACUGCGACCCCAAGAAGAAGAGGGCCUGGCGCCAGCUCUGUGUGGCCUGUGCCUUCUGCCUGUUGUUCAUGAUUGGGGAAGUCAUUGGUGGGUACCUGGCACAUAGUUUGGCGAUCAUGACAGAUGCAGCCCACCUGCUCACUGACUUUGCCAGCAUGCUCAUCAGCCUCUUCUCCCUGUGGAUGUCUUCCCGGGCGGCCACCAAGACCAUGAACUUUGGCUGGCAGCGAGCUGAGAUCCUGGGCGCCCUGCUCUCUGUGCUGUCCAUCUGGGUCGUGACUGGGGUACUGGUAUACCUGGCGGUGGAACGGCUGAUCUCUGGGGACUAUGAGAUCGAGGAGGGGACCAUGCUGAUCACGUCGGGCUGUGCUGUGGUCGUGAACGUCAUAAUGGGGUUGAUUCUUCACCAGUCUGGCCACGGACACGGCCAUGGCCACGAGCACAGCCACGACACCAGCCAGCAGCAGGAGAACCCCAGUGUCCGAGCUGCCUUUAUCCAUGUGGUUGGAGACUUUCUGCAGAGCUUGGGCGUUUUAGUGGCAGCCUUUAUUUUAUACUUCAAGCCAGAGUACAAGUUUAUAGAUCCCAUCUGCACCUUCCUCUUCUCCAUCCUCGUCCUGGGGACAACCUUGACCAUCCUGAGAGAUGUGAUCCUGGUGCUGAUGGAAGGGACCCCCAGGGGCAUGGACUUCAUGGCUGUGCGCGAUCUGCUGCUGUCGGUGGAGGGGGUGGAAGCCCUGCACAGCCUGCAUAUCUGGGCGCUGACUGUGGCCCAGCCUAUCCUGUCUGUCCACGUCGUCAUCUCUGGGAACGCAGAUGCCCAGACUGUGCUGAAGGCAGCCAGCGCCCGCCUGCAGGGGAAGUUCCACUUCCACACCAUGACCAUCCAGAUAGAGGACUGCUCUGAGGACAUGAAGGACUGUCAGUCAUGCCAGGGUCCCUCGGGCUGAUUGCCUGGCCAGGCACCAACUGGGGCAUGGACAGGCCUGCAGACGGCUGGACUGAGUGUCCCCCAGGCCCAGCCAGGACUCUGUCUACCCCAGGUGGGUUAUAAACCAGGUCCCUCUCCUGACUGCUGUUCCAUGUUCAGUGUGGAGGAGGCUCUUCCCACUCCAGGAAUGGGCUCUUCCCUGUCUCCCCCAUCGGACUACCGCCAGCCCCAGGAUGGGGACUCUGCAGGUGUAAAGCUGGUGUGACCCCGCUAUUCCAGCUCCCGGUGGGGCAGGGUUUGGGCCUCAUCCUCAGCUAAUGCUGCCCUACCACUAGCCUCUGGAAAGGCAGUGGGGCAUAGUGAGGGGUGAUAGAGGGGACACUCAUUGUCCCCUCACCUACCUGCCUCAUUUCCCAUUUUCAGUCUGUCUGGCCUUUGCCUUAUGAAUCUGUAAAGAAGCCCUGGGACAGAGCCCCCUUCCUCUACCUCUAACAAUACGCUACAAGGAGUCCGUGAGGACUCUGCACAUUCAUACGGGUCCCCCCUGAGAUGGGGAGCCAGGGGCACCUGAGGCUGAUCUGUGCCUGAGUCAUUUCACUGAGAGCCAAAUGUUUCCUUUUCCUGGAGGUAUGGGGCUUCUGACUAGGUAAGGACCCGCUGGUUUCCUCUUUCUUUAUCCCCCC